AUGGACCAGCAGGACCACUUUUCGUUGCCACAGAACGUCAUCGUUAUGUCCGCCCCACCUCCUGGGGAUAUGGAUGCAGAACCGUCUCACCAUUCUGCAGUGGAAGCUUGCCCAGCUCCUGUGAUGACCGCGAACACUCCGACUGGAGCACCCCAUGCGCAAGUGCAGGCAACUGCUGACUUAGUCCUCCCGUAUAAUUCUGCCGGGCCAUCUACCGUGGAAUUCGAGGUGCCAUUCGAGAUCCAGGGAUACGAUUAUUUUGAGCAGGGCAACCGCAAGCAGGAUGGUGAUGAUGAUGUGCUGGGGAUUAUUGAACAACUCCAGUUUUCCCUUGAAGACUGCCCCGACCAUCCUAUCGUCACCUGGCCAAAAGGGCCAUUGAAUGUUAAGAUAGGCUCUAUGGCUGACCCGCUGCCUGUGAACGGGCAGCGCAUUUCCAGAUCCGUCCCGGCCACCCAAACCGUUGUGCAGGCCUUAAAUCUUAUGCUGAACUCCAAGACCCCGGGAACUUCACCGUUGCCUACAUCCACGCAAGAUCCUGUAUCUUCUCGUGUUGUGGAAUGGCGUUUCCAGGCGCUGCAUGAACCUUCCACGCACUCCCGUCAGCGUGAUGCAGAUGCUACCUGA